GGAGCCCCGCUUUCCUCCAUGUUCGCUGCGAAGUGCAAAGCGGGGACGCUCCAGCCACAGCCCGUGUCUUCGGCCAGGCUGGGGAGGCGGGGAGCAGCGUGAACCCCUCCGGCUGCCGAACUUCCCAGGCUGCCAGGGAGCCCCCAGAACUCAGUGGCGAUGAGGGUUUCUGGACUCACGCUGGAAGGAGACAGACCCUUGUAGGCAUUCUCGAGGGUGCGCUGCCUUCUCCGCCGGCAUGGUGUGCCAGGGGGCGUCCGCCAGCUGCCGCGGGCCAGUCCGGGCGGUCCCGGGCGCCCGAAGUCAGGCAGAGUGAUCGGAGCCCGCGCUGGCUUCCUGCCGCUUCAUGGGCUCGGGGGGGAGCCAGGGCGGCAGCCCGGUCCCAGCCGCGGGCACAGCAGCCCGAGCGGCCAGAAUGAACUGCAGGCAGGGAGAUGACAGCCGCUGCGGCUGCGGCGGCAGCGAGAAGACGAUGCUGAAGUGCGUGGUGGUGGGGGACGGGGCCGUGGGGAAAACCUGCCUGCUGAUGAGCUACGCCAACGACGCCUUCCCGGAGGAAUACGUGCCCACGGUGUUUGACCACUACGCAGUUACCGUGACAGUGGGAGGCAAGCAACACUUACUCGGACUGUAUGACACCGCAGGACAGGAAGACUACAACCAGCUGCGCCCUCUCUCGUACCCCAACACCGAUGUGUUUUUGAUCUGCUUCUCGGUCGUAAAUCCUGCCUCUUACCACAAUGUCCAGGAGGAGUGGGUCCCGGAGCUGAAGGACUGCAUGCCCCACGUGCCUUACGUCCUCAUAGGGACCCAGAUUGAUCUCCGUGAUGACCCCAAAACCUUGGCCCGUUUGCUGUACAUGAAAGAGAAACCGCUCACUUACGAGCACGGCGUGAAGCUGGCCAAAGCGAUCGGAGCACAGUGCUACUUGGAGUGCUCGGCCCUGACUCAGAAAGGGCUCAAAGCGGUCUUCGAUGAAGCAAUCCUCACCAUCUUCCACCCCAAGAAGAAGAAGAAACACUGCUCCGUGUGUCACCGCUGCUGUUCGAUUAUCUGAGGUGGCGGGACACCCCCUCCCCCACCUACGGGUGAGAACGCCGCCGCCUCUGCGGCCUAAGCCCCUGCGGAGGGCCCGUCGGAGGAGGCCCUGCGCACAGACGCUGCUCUCCGCCCCGGCCCUCCCAGCACCGCCGCAGCCACUGCCACGUCCUCCCUGCCCCAGAGCGCACGUCACCACGGGAAGGCCCGGCGGUUCCUCGCCGCUGCGGACCACGUGGGAGCAGACCGCCGUGCGCCUCCCCCGCCGUGGACUCACGAAGCUGACCCACAUCAUCGCAGGAAGACGAGGGCACCCGGUUUCGGGCCUGGUGGCCUUCCUCGAUGUCUUUUACCAAACAUGGGAAUACAAUACUAACCUCUUUUUCCGAGUCUGCUCUUCUACCUACGUGUCUUACAAUCAUUCGUAUUGUUUUAAGAAACGUACUAAUUUAUCAGUUUACUCAGGCCUUACAAAUCUAUGCCAAAUCAGCCUAAAGACAAAGUAUUUUAUAUUUGUUUCUGUCUUCAGCCUGUUUCUGCCAAAGCUAUUAGAACCAACUUGUACCUCCGGAUGCCUGACGAAAAGAAGACACAAGAAAACGUUUAAACUUUUGGAAAUUUCAGAGCCAUGAUCUGUGAACCUGGUUGAAAGAAAGUGCUCUCUGAAUUGUUGCAGGUUACAUUUUUUUGCCAAAGAUUCUCCCUGGAAAUGCUUACUUUGAUAGGUAGCUUUGUUUUUUCUGUAUUAUAUGUUGUCCUGGCAAAUUAAGAAUGAACUGUGUUUAAGAAAGUAGUAUGUUCGCUUUUCAACCAAAUUGAUUGGGGGAAGAGUAUGGCAGACUUAUCAUAUAAAAUGUUUGUUAUUCAGCGAAGUAAACUUUCCUGCCCCCUCACUUCCCUGUUGCAUCUCCUUUUCCUCCCUUAAUUUCACACUUUCCCCCAUAGCCAAUAAUAACCGAUCUAAAGGAAGGUUCUGGCCAUGGGGCAUGAAAAAGUAAGCGUUCAAAAAUCCCCAGAAGUUAACCAAUGUGCCUCCAUCUUUACUCUUGCUUCAACUGAAAGUACAGUUGUUCCCCCCAUCCCCACCCCCUUAU